AUGGGCGCCCCGGCUCGCGUCCUCGCGUUUUGCGUGGCAGUGGCGGUCAUGACCGGCGCCGUCCUCGGUUCCCCGGGCGUGGAGCCCCGCGUCGCGCGGAGAGCGACAGAGGUCCCGGGCCCCGAGCCCAGCCCGCAGGAGCGGGCCUUUGGCAGUGGGGACACCGUGGAGCUGAGCUGCCGCUUGCCGGCGGGGGCGCCCACGGAGCCCACCAUCUGGGUGAAGGACGGUGUGGGCCUGGCGCCCUCGGACCGCGUCCUGGUGGGCCCACAGCGGCUGCAGGUGCUCAACGCCUCCCACGAAGACGCCGGGGCCUACAGCUGCCGCCAGCGCCUCUCCCAGCGGGUGCUGUGCCUCUUCAGCGUGCGCGUGGCAGACGCCCCAUCCUCGGGGGACGACGAAGAUGGGGACGACGAGGCCGAGGACACAGGUGAGACCAGGCUCCAGGCGUGGGCCCCUUACUGGACGCGGCCCGAGCGGAUGGACAAGAAGCUGCUAGCGGUGCCGGCCGCCAACACUGUUCGUUUUCGCUGCCCGGCUGCCGGCAACCCCACGCCAUCCAUCACCUGGCUGAAGAACGGCAAGGAGUUCCGGGGCGAGCACCGCAUCGGGGGCAUCAAGCUGCGGCACCAGCAGUGGAGCCUGGUCAUGGAGAGCGUGGUACCCUCGGACCGCGGCAACUACACGUGCAUCGUGGAGAACAAGUUCGGCAGAAUCCAGCAGACCUACACCCUGGACGUGCUGGAGCGCUCUCCGCACCGGCCCAUCCUGCAGGCGGGGCUGCCCGCCAACCAGACCGCCGUGCUGGGCAGCGACGUGGAGUUCCACUGCAAGGUCUACAGCGACGCCCAGCCCCACAUCCAGUGGCUCAAGCACGUGGAGGUGAACGGCAGCAAGGUGGGGCCCGACGGCACACCCUACGUCACCGUGCUCAAGACGGCGGGCGCUAACACCACCGACAAGGAGCUAGAGGUUCUAUCCUUGCGCAAUGUCACCUUUGAGGACGCGGGGGAGUACACGUGUCUGGCGGGCAAUUCUAUCGGGUUUUCCCAUCACUCUGCGUGGCUGGUGGUGCUGCCAGCUGAGGAGGAGCUGGUGGAGGCCGGUGAGGCUGGCGGCGUGUUUGCGGGCGUCCUCAGCUACGGGCUGGGCUUCCUCCUCUUCAUCCUGGCCGUGGCCGCCGUGACGCUCUACCGCCUGAGGAGCCCACCCAAGAAGGGCCUGGGCUCGCCCGCAGUGCACAAGGUCUCCCGCUUUCCGCUCAAGCGACAGGUGUCCUUGGAAUCCAGUUCGUCCAUGAGCUCCAACACACCGCUGGUGCGCAUCGCCCGGCUGUCCUCGGGCGAGGGCCCCACCCUGGCCAACGUCUCUGAGCUCGAGCUGCCCGCCGACCCCAAGUGGGAGCUGUCCCGGGCCCGGCUGACCCUGGGCAAGCCUCUCGGGGAGGGCUGCUUUGGCCAGGUGGUCAUGGCAGAGGCCAUUGGCAUCGACAAGGACCGAGCUGCCAAACCCGUCACGGUGGCGGUGAAGAUGCUGAAAGAUGACGCCACGGAUAAGGACUUAUCGGACCUGGUGUCCGAGAUGGAGAUGAUGAAGAUGAUCGGAAAACACAAGAACAUUAUCAACCUGCUGGGCGCCUGCACGCAGGGCGGGCCCCUGUACGUGCUGGUGGAGUACGCGGCCAAGGGCAACCUGCGGGAAUACCUAAGGGCGCGGCGGCCCCCGGGCACUGACUACUCCUUCGACACCUGCCGGCUGCCCGAGGAGCAGCUCACCUUCAAAGACCUGGUGUCCUGCGCCUACCAGGUGGCGCGGGGCAUGGAGUACCUGGCCUCGCAGAAGUGCAUCCAUAGGGACCUGGCGGCCCGCAACGUGCUGGUGACCGAGGACAACGUGAUGAAAAUCGCCGACUUCGGCCUGGCCCGUGACGUGCACAACCUCGACUACUACAAGAAGACCACCAACGGCCGCCUGCCCGUGAAGUGGAUGGCACCCGAGGCCUUGUUUGACCGCGUCUACACCCACCAAAGUGACGUCUGGUCCUUCGGGGUCCUCCUCUGGGAGAUCUUCACGCUGGGGGGCUCGCCGUACCCCGGCAUCCCCGUGGAGGAGCUCUUCAAGCUGCUGAAGGAAGGCCACCGCAUGGACAAGCCGGCCAACUGCACGCAUGAUCUGUACAUGAUCAUGCGUGAGUGCUGGCACGCUGCGCCCUCGCAGAGGCCCACUUUCAAGCAGCUGGUGGAGGACCUGGACCGCGUGCUCACCGUGACGUCCACCGACGAGUACCUGGACCUAUCGGUGCCCUUCGAGCAGUACUCGCCAGGCGGCCAGGACACCCCCAGCUCUGGCUCCUCGGGGGACGACUCCGUGUUCGCUCACGACCUGCUGCCCCCGGCCCCACCCGGCAGCGGGGGCUCGCGGACGUGA